GAAACUAGCAAGAGGUACACGGAGAAAGAUUGAGUAGGCAGAGCAACAGGUUAUGCAAGAAGUCUGCAUACACCGCCCAUCAGGUGUGUUCUUGCCUGCAGAGGUGACUCAAGAUUUACACGGUGGGAGUGGAGAAAAGCAGAGUUUCACUUCACGGACUCUUUUUUUUUCCCCCCGUUUGUUUUUGCAACCUUUUGGAACAUACAUGCCUGCCCCCGUUCUAUUUUCACAAAGGGACUGUCCGCGUUGAGACGGCAUCAAUGUUUGCCAGUCUCAUGUGUCCGACGUGGUUUCUGCUUCUCCUGGGAGGUUUCGUCCUGUUCGGAGUGGCACGGGUUUCAGGAAUUGAGAUCUACGCACCGUCAGAGGUGGAGGCGGUCAACGGCACUACGGUUAGACUCAAGUGCACUUUCCGCUCCAGUCACCCUGUGUCGGCUCAAUCCGUUGUCGUGUCCUGGAACUUCCGUCCACUGAAUUCUAAAAGAGAAGAAUCGGUGUUCUACUACCAGGAGGUGGCGUACCCUCCUAAAGACGGCCGCUUUAAAAACCAUGCGGUGUGGUCUGGAGAUGUUUCAAGAAGUGACGCCUCCAUCACCCUGCUUGAAGUGCCUCCAACAUUUAACGGCACGUACAUCUGCAACGUACGAAACCGCCCGGAUGUGCACGGCGAUAACCGGGAGACUACCCUCAGUGUCGUCACCAAAGCUACCGUCUCCGAGAUUACCAUCCUGAUCAUUGCAGUUGUCAGCGGCUGUUUGUUUAUCCUGGUCCUCCUCAGUAUUUGCUUUGCCGUGAAGUUGUACAAGAGGAAGCGCAGGAGCGAAGACAUGGAGAUGCACGCGCAGGAGCCUAAUCACUUGGACCCCGAGCUCAAGCCCAAGGAUCCGGAGCCCAAACCCAAGCCCAAACGCAAGGACCCGACCGUGUGUAAACCCGCGGAAGCAGCUCAUCUGAUUCAUGUGAAGAAACUGGAAGUUGUUAGCUCAGAUGAUGACGAGUCUGAGGAGAGCAGUGACGAUGACGACGAUGACGACGAUGAAGACGAAGAUGAUGACGACGACGAUGAUGACGAUGACGACGAUGAUGAUGACGACUAAACCUGAUGAUGACUUGGCACUUUUGAGUCGUUGGACUUUUGCCCACCACAAGUGGUAUGAAUUUUUGGUGGAACAAGGUACAAAGGUUUCCCCUUUGUAACGUUACAAUCCAGGCAAGUUUACCUCUACACUACCAGGAACUAUUAAGCACAAUUUUUUUUUUUAUACAAAGAUUUUCUUUACAAAAUUUAAAUCCAUUCUUUGCAUCGUCAUGAGCAGGAAUCAUUCCACACUAGGGGUGUAACGAUACAUCGAUACACAUCGAUUAAUCGAUAUAAUGCUCUACGAUUUAUUGGAAUCGAUGCUAAAGGUAAACAUCGAUUUAUACCGCCGUGUUUGACCUCGGACAUUAGACGCGACUUUAUUUUGAAAUCCAGUUCAUUGUUGCUUGCUUCCUCUUUCCGGGAGCAGUGCGCGGCGUUGUUGUGUUGUGAACAGAGCAGGCACGUGAAAGGGGAGUCGACAACUAGUACGCGGCUCCUGGGCUGGCGCUAUGGCUCGUGUCCAAAAAGACGAGGAAAUUGGCUCCCCUUUAGGCUUCAAGUCAUUCUUUGGAAGCACUUUGGAUUCCAAAGAAAAGAUGACUCAACGGACAAGACACGUGCAGUUUGUAAAUCCUGCCAUGCGGUGAUCAAAUAUUCAGGGAGCACAAAUCUCGCCGCACAUUUAAAGAAAAAACACGACAUCAAAGUUCAGUGUUAAAGUAAGCAAUUUGUAUACUACAAUACUCUUGUAAUUUCCUAAAUAAAGAGUUUGCAGUACCUUGUUGAUUUUGCGUAUGAAUUGUUAUAAAUCAGGAUAUUGUCCUAUAUUUUUUAUUAAAAAAAGAAAAUCGAUCGUAGAGCACUAUAUCGCGAUAUAUCGUGAAUGAAUCGCAGCAGGCUUUAAGAUAUCGGCAAAUAUCGUAUCGUAGUUCUUUAUAUCGAUAUUAUAUCGUAUCGUGACAAAAGCCGCGAUUUACACCCCUAUUCCACACAUGGUUACAAGUCAGGCAAGUUUACUCCCACACUACCAGAAACUAUUACGUAAUAAAUCUCUUCUACAAAUA